GAGUUCAGCAGGUGAAAUGUGCGUCGCACGCGCCUAGACUGACCAGGGAACGGUACUCCGGCGCUCCGGUCUCAUUGAACGCUACCCAAUAAGAGCGGAGGGACGGCGGGCUGUCAACAUUCCUAUCACCCCUCUCUCUCUCUCCCCCCGUCGCCCACCCCUUCGUUCUUCAGUUCGCACAGUUCAUCGCUCCGGUUUAUCUCGCGCAGUCUGCUAUCAGCGCGAGGCGACUCCAAUGGAAAAACGGAGAGGCGCGCGUUUCGCAGCUUUGGGGAUGAUAUCUGUCCUGAACGCAAAACGUGUGAAGGAAACGUGGAAAAGUUGGCGCUGUCUCUGAUCCUAUUGCACCUCACCUAGACUUCAUCUAUUUCUCAAGAGGAGGUGAAAAAAGAAAAGAAGAGAACCUGCCGUCUGGCUUGGAUUAUUUCUGCUGUGGUUGCCAGCUCCCGGGGAAUACUUUUAUAUGGCACACGCUAAUAUCCGGGCAGAUACAUGAUAUCCGUCCGUGCUUCGGAGCUCUGUGUUUCAGACAUCCCAACUUUAGCAGGUCACCUUAACCUAUUACACCCAUUUAACACAAAACAGAGUAUUUUAUCAUCCCUGCUGUGCGAUGGGUCCAACUAUGUUUGGCUUCGGUAAAGCUCUUGGGUCGCAUCGGAUUCAUAGCAGAUCUGCCAAAGGCUCAGGAUUAGGACAUAUAAUCAGAAACGGCACAUCUUCACAAUACAGUCCCCGCGCGUCCUCGCGGUUAUGCUGCGCGCUUACAUUCAUCUUGCUCAUCCUCACGCCGCGUGUGGAUUCGUCCUGGUGGUACAUCGGUGCCCUCGGGGCCCGUGUAAUCUGUGACAAUAUACCUGGGCUGGUGAAUAAACAGAGACAGCUGUGUCAAAAGCAUCCAGACAUCAUGCAGUCCAUUGGGGGCGGAGCUAAGGAGUGGAUCCGAGAGUGCCAGCAUCAGUUCCGUCAUCAUCGCUGGAACUGCAGCGCACUGGACAGGGAUCAUACUGUUUUCGGGAGGGUCAUGCAGCGCAGCAGUCGAGAGGCGGCGUUCGUGUAUGCGAUCUCCUCUGCAGGUGUGGUUUUCGCCAUCACCCGCGCAUGCAGUCAGGGGGAGCUGAAGACGUGUAGCUGUGACCCGCACAAGCGUGGCAAGGACAAGGACGAGCGAGGAGAAUUUGACUGGGGUGGAUGCAGUGAUAACAUCAAUUAUGGCAUUAAGUUCGCGAAAGCCUUCGUAGAUGCCAAAGAGCGGACGGUGAAGGACGCACGUGCACUCAUGAACCUUCACAACAACCGCUGUGGGAGAAUGGCAGUAAAGCGCUUUCUGAAGCUGGAGUGUAAAUGUCAUGGAGUCAGUGGGUCAUGCACUCUGAGGACCUGCUGGUUGGCAAUGUCGGAUUUCCGUAAAACAGGAGAUUACCUCCGUAAGAAAUACAAUGGCGCCAUCGAGGUCACAAUGAAUCAAGAUGGGACAGGAUUCACAGUAGCUAAUAAAGACUUCAGGAAAGCCACCAAAAAUGACCUGGUGUACUUCGAGAACUCCCCUGAUUAUUGUCUCAUGGACAAAGCUGCGGGUUCAUUGGGUACCGCCGGCCGAGUUUGUAACAAGACGUCCCGGGGGACCGACAGCUGUGAGGUCAUGUGUUGUGGGCGGGGCUACGACACCACACGUGUAAAACGCAUCACAAAGUGCGAGUGUAAGUUUAAGUGGUGUUGCGCCGUAGAGUGCAAAGACUGCGAGGAGGCCGUCGACAUCCACACCUGCAAAGCCCCUAAACGUGCCGAAUGGCUGGACCAGACCUGAGACACGCCCACUUCCUCCCAAUCCUCAGGAUUUUGUCCACGGCAUUCUGGGAUAUGAAGUCCAUCCCUUGCUAUUUUCCUCCCCCAAUCCCCUUUUUUUCGUUGCAUGGCUUUAUUUGAACUGUUUUUGUGAAAGCACUACAAAUGAAAUCUAUUUCUCAUGGCGCCUUGCACAUUAUGCCCGAAAUGGCAGAUUUGUCUUUCUCUCUUACUCUCUAUUUGUUGUUUUGAAUUGACAAGAGGACGGUAAAGGUUCGAGAACAACCUGUGGUGUAACUUGUUGGCGUAUAUAUAUUUUGUGUUUUGUUGUGAGGGUUUUGUGUUGUUUUGUGACGAAAGGUGUGCUGCUUUUAAAAUAAUAAUAUUUUUAAGUGACUCUGAGCCUAUCAGAUAUUAUCAUGGCUUAUAGCUAAAUAUACAUCACAUGUUAUUGAAGACACGACUGUGUACUAAACAUACAUCACAUGCCCAUACUGGAUGAUAUUUUACUUUGACUCACAUCGGUAUUACAGAAUGAAUAAGGCUGUUCACAUGGGCACGAGGACCGAAUGUACAGCUGCUCUCUGUGGACUGCUCACUCCCCACAGAGCUCUCUAGAAGAUACAGAGGAUUUGCUAGAAAAAAUAUUAAUAAUAUAAAUGAGCCUGCACUAAGGACAUUAGCUAACAGUUGAGCAAAAAAUGAUAUGUUAUUAUAAAACUCAUCAUUACAUGUGUAAUAUGAAGGUUUUAACGGCUGUGACUGGUAGAGGUGUAAGCUCUCUUUGGCUCUCCUGUGCUUAGGUACUUCUUAACUGUGUUUUAUUUUUUUCAGCAGAAGUUCAUAUAAAGUCAUCAUUUAUCAAAAUACCUUCCUUUGUGUUCAACAGAAUAAAAAAACUCAUACAGGUUUUGAACAACACGGGGA